AUGCGUCGCAGAUUUGGGAAAAAGUGUAAGCAACUGACAAUGCGAGAAGAGCAACGGAAAGAAGUAGCACUAUUUCAGCAGUUGUUAACGCUUAAUAAAAUGCGCGGCAUUGACGAAGAAGCGGCAAUUGAGAGAUACUCAAAGGACUACGUCAAAAGUAAAGAAGACGCCACGAAAGAUAUUAGGAAUAUAAUCUUCAAGAAAAUCAAGCGUGAGCUGAUGGAUGCCAUUUCUCUUUGA